UGAGAAAGCAAAAGGAAGCUCCAGGACUCACAUUGGGCUUACGGGAAAGAAAACUCUAUUCACUCUUGAGUGCUGCAACUAAAAGAGCUGGAAAAUGUGUAAAGGAUUAGCUGCCUUACCUCAAACCUGCCUGGAAAGGGCCAAGGAGAUCAAGUCGAAACUGGGAGUUUUGCUGCAGAAGCCCGAGAAUGCCAUCGACCUCAUCAUCCCCUACCCCGAGAAGACCGAGAAGAAGCCGGAGAAGCUGCAGAAGCCGACUCCCGAAGAGGCUGCUCAGUGGCGCGAGAGUCUGGAUAAAGUCUUGAACAACAGCUAUGGGCUGGCUGCGUUCCACAGCUUCCUGCAGUCUGAGUUCAGCGAUGAGAACGUUGAAUUCUGGAUGGCCUGUGAGGACUUCAAGAAAACCAAGAACCCAGUGAAGAUGUCCUCCAAGGCCAAGAAGAUCUACGAAGACUUCAUCCAGUCUGAGGGGCCCAGAGAGGUCAACAUUGACCACUUCACCAAGGAUGUGACCCUGAGGAACCUGGUGGAUCUGUCCCCCACCACCUUCGACCUGGCACAGAAGAGGAUCUUCGCCCUCAUGGAGAAGGACUCCUUCGGCCGUUUCCUCCGGUCUGACCAGUACCAGGAGCUCCUGGUCAACUAAACCUGAGCAGGGAUCGGAGGAGCGGGUGGGGAGGUCUCAAACAGCAGCUGAUCAGUUACCCAUGAAAACAAUCUCAGACGAAUGAUGGCUACAAAUUAAAUACUUGGAAUAAAGUUAUGAGUGUGGAAGAUCGCUUGAAGACUUUUAUUUGACUAAAUUCAAAUUGCUGAGGGUUUAAUGAGUCAAAGUUAAAAUUUAGCUAAAGUGAAAAACUGUGAUUUGAAACCCCCCACCCCCACCCACCCCCACCCACACACACACACACACACACACACACACACACACACACCCACACGAGCGUUCCUGACUUCCUAUCCAAAAUCAAUCAUUUCAAAGAGGUGAAUGUAUUUGAAUGUUUUCCCCAAAACAAAAUAAAAGAGAGAUUUGCCAUUGAAAGUACAGGAACACAUAAUAACAUGUGCACACAGAAUUUAAAUAAGACUGCAUAUGAAAUAAAUAAAGGGAAAAAAAACACAUCUUCCUUCUCAUCAGGUUGCAAAGACUUUCUUCUUUUGAAACUUAUCAUCUCCCACAUAAUACUUUAGUUUGACUUGUGUGCCAGAGCUUUGUCAGGCCUUUCAGAUUUAUCAUUAUGUGUGAGCCAGACGACUCCAAUGACCACCAAACACUUUGCAGCGUAGGCCCAGAAUUCCCUUCCAACACAAAGAGGCAACAAUGUCAGUUCAAAGGAUGUUUGUUCUGGUUUGAGAGGAACAAGAUAACUCGCCCGUUUUCUUUGGCCUGUUUUGGUUUUGGUUUUAACAAGCGAUAUUUGGUCUGGAACGUCCAAAGCCUCCCCGAGAAACCUCAGAGUACUAAAGUUUGUAACAAGCUACAGCACAGAUAAAGCUGCAGCUAUUGAUCCCGAUCUGAAGUGCUGCAACACUUUUGUCUGAUUCGGCCUGUUUCUGUCCAAUUUGUUGACGUAGACCAAACCGCCUUCUGACGGGACAGAUCUCUGUGUUGUCAUGCUCUGUCACAACUUCAUUAACGGCUAACUUUAACUUUUGCAACCUGCGUCUAAACAAUAGCAUGCUCCUGAAUCCGACGUCAGUGCAUUGAAAACAUUUGUUUCCUUCUUGUUCAGUAACUAAAGCAAAGCUUACCAAACAGAAAUCUUUCCGUGAACAAUACCGUGGAGGAUUGGUCAUGCCGAUAGGCAUGCUGGUCUCCUCACCACAGACAUCACAGCACAAACCAAACAUCAGUCUGCAGGGUCCUUUGUGGCUUCAUGAGAAAACUCCAAAACGUCAUUGUUAUAUUUAGUGCCGCCAAAUGCUGUGACCUUAAAUUACUUUUGACUACGUGGGAAAAAGAAAAUCCCUCAAACAAAGCCAGUUACACAGUGGACCCCCUUAAUAAUUUCCUGUAUGUUUUCAAGCACUUGGUCCACUUAUUUGUGAAUAUGUAACAUGUUCAAGCAGCACCAUCGCACGAUUAAUAGUGGCAAUAAUCUCAUUCCUGCUCCACUCUCACACUCACAAUACAUGUUGAAAUUAUAUUUUCACCCAACUCCACCUUUCAGUGAGAGCCAUCAGUGCUGGCUAUAGUAGAAUGAGUGGUCCGGCUCCUCGGCUACCACGACACUGCAAGUUGCUAAGACGGCAAAAUCAAAGUAGGAGGGAAUCUCGGAACAUAAGAAGCAAACAGAGCAGAGGUUUCAUACAGCGAAUGGUCUUUUUCUCCAUGUUGUGUUACCAAAGAUGUAUGCAUGCAUGCCAAAUCACUGCAAACACCCAGACUCGGGUUUUCAGUGGAAAACAUGGGAGACAGGAUUUGCAGGUUUGCAGCACUUGAUUUUCCCUCAAUUAGUUACUGAUAAUUCUAUUUUUCCUUGGCUUUUGUAUUAUGAGCCACGCAGUUUGUACGUCAAACUCUAAAUUUCAAUAUUAACUCAAAAGGGAGAUUUUUAUUUUAGCAGCACUACAUACAUAAUAAUCGCACACAAGAAAGAGUUAUCUGUAUUUUUUGUGUUGUUUUUCAGGUUGAUUAUCAAACACAAAUUAUUUUUCACUUGUUUCCACUCCAAUGUAACACUGAUAUAAACUGAUUAACACAAUUCUGAGACAUAAACAGAUGCAGUGGUGGAUUUGGUGUUGUUGUGCAAUGUUUAAGUGUCCUAAAUAUAUCUGUAGUUAAAUGUAGCAAUCAAGUGUGAUUAUAUUUGUUUUUUGUCACUUUUUAAAAUGUGUCACGUGUUAUGUCACAGCAUACACAUAUAUCACCGUCUAUAUAUUCAGCAUUUUACAAGUCCUUAUUGUUCCUUCAGUGUAAGUUAGAAACACAUAGCUAGAAAGCUUCCAGAUUUGAAUGUAAGGAAGAGCUUUGUAAAAUCAACGCAAUUUGAAUUUUGAAAUAAAUGCUGACAAAAGCAUUACAAAAGACAUCAAAAGCAGAGAAAUUAAAAGAUUUAUUUGAGUUUUGAAUGACAGUGACAGCAGGGAUGCUUUGACACAGAUUGGCCAGUCUGCAGUCAUACCCGAAAAUGUCAUAAGUCAGCAAUUAAGAUGAAAAAUGAAAAAUCAAUAAGGGCUUUAAUUUUGCUGAGUAUGCAUUAUCGAAUGUAGCCUUGCAUGUACGUUUUGAAGUCUAUCACAUAAAAAUAUAUAAAUGCAUACAAAUUCCUGAAGAUGUAUUUAUUUGAAUGUGUAAAUAUCUAAGUUAUUCUAAAAUACAACAAUGGAAAAUGUG